GUAACACUUCCCUGAGGCCACACUCACUUCCCCAUUCCUUCAGAUAUUGUGGAGAUAAUACAUUAGAGGAGGAGUUUACAGAUACCUUUAAAACCCUGACUCUCAGUGCUUGCUGGAUCAUUCCUUCUCAGUGUCCUGCCCAGCAAAGAAGCAACUCGCCAGAAUGUUGCUCGGAGGCUUGUCAGAGGCCAGAACUGCCACACCAGAAAUCCAAAAGAUUGCUGACAAGGUCAGAUCACAGCUCGAAGAGAACACCAAUGAGAAAUAUGAAAAAUUUGAAGCCGUUGAGUAUAAAACUCAAUUCGUCGCUGGACAAAAUUACUUCAUUAAGAUGGAUGUAGGGUGUAGUGGUUUCCUUCACAUAAAAGUCUUCAGUGCCCAUUCUGGAAAAGAUGAUUUGGAACUUCAUGGUUACCGGACUAACAAAACCAAGAAUGAUGAGCUGACCUACUUCUAAGCAGCAAAUUCUAAAGUGACCUGAUUCCUCUCAUUGUAAAGAAUUGCAGCCCUUUCUUUAAUGGCUUAAUUUCAAUAAGGAAACAUUCUUCAAAUAA